UCAGCAUGGCCUGCCACAACGUUUCGGAGCUCCAAGACCUUGGUUGUUCCAACCAGCUGCUCCUGCAGCCUCUCUGGGACAGCAUAAGGACGGGAGAGGCGUCCGCGCGCUCACCCUUCUUCCCAGUCAUCUUUUCUAUCUUCACUUACCUGGGCUUCUGCCUACCGUUCGUGGUGCUAGAUGUCCUCUGUCCCUGGGUGCCCAUCUUGAGACGCUACAAGAUCCACCCGGACUUCUCGCCGUCCGUAAGGCAGCUUCUGCCCUGCCUGGGGCUGACACUCUACCAGCACCUGGUGUUCGUGUUCCCAGUGACGCUGAUGCACUGGGCGCGCAGCCCCGCGCUGCUGCCGCGGGAGGCCCCCGAGCUCUCCCAGCUCCUGAGUCACGUCCUGAUCUGCCUGCUGCUCUUCGACACCGAGAUCUUCGCGUGGCAUCUGCUGCACCAUAAGGUGCCCUGGCUGUACCGCACCUUCCACAAGGUGCAUCACCAGAACUCGUCCUCCUUCGCGUUGGCUACCCAAUACAUGAGCGUCUGGGAGCUGCUUUCUCUGACCUUCUUCGAUGUGCUGAACGUCGCGAUGCUUCAGUGUCACCCACUCACCAUCCUCGUCUUUCACGUGGUUAACAUCUGGCUGUCGGUGGAGGACCACUCAGGUUACGACUUUCCGUGGUCCACUCACAGACUUGUGCCGUUUGGCUGGUACGGGGGCGUGGCUCACCACGACCUGCAUCACUCUCAGUUUAACUGCAACUUUGCUCCGUACUUCACACACUGGGACAAAAUGCUGGGGACCCUGCGUUGCGCACCCCACUCGAAGCGCCUGUGUGCCGGCAGUGAGAGCUGCUUGGACUCCGGAGAGCAAUGUACUGUACACUUGAACCAGAAGAAGAAACAGACUUGAGUUAUUUUUUCAGAAGUUAGUACAUUUUUAAGUGAUGAACACUGCUAUAAAAUCUAAUGUGUUUCUGCAGCCCGACAAAGUAAUUUAUAUAAUGUUUAUAUAUGAAUUUAAUUGUGGUCUUGAUGUCAAAUUCCAACUCGUCCCAGUGUCCUUGACUUCAGGACACAAGUUAGACAUUCUCUAGAAUGGUUUGUUUGUAGAACCAAGACUUUCCUAUGUAUGAAACUGCACUGGAACAGGGCUAAUCACGCAUGUUGAUGGAAGACCUGAUGUCUGACUCUUUAAAAUAAUCAAAUUUGUUCCUGCUGGGCAGUGAUCAAGAUUAUAGUAUAUUUUUUCUAUUUUUGAGCAAAAUGAUAUAUUUAUAUUGAAAGAAUUUUUAUUCGUAUUUUAAAAAUAAAAAGAACAUGAACUAAA